AUGAUUGAGCAGUAUCCGAAGCCUUCCAUAGUUGAAUUCUCUAAAUUAUUAGCUGCCGUUGUUAGGAUGAAACAUUACGCCCUUGUGAUUUCCAUGUAUAGCCGGAUGGAAUUUCCAGGAGUUUAUCAUAAUGUUUAUUCUUUUAACAUCUUGAUUAAUUGCUUUUCUCAAUUAGGUCGUGUUGAUUUUGGGUAUUCUGUUUUGGGGGAAAUGCCGAAGUUAGGUGUUGAACCUAGUGUUGUAACUCUGUCCACUCUGAUUAAUGGACUUUGUAAGCAAAGUAAGAUUUCUCUGGCUGUGAGUUUGUUUGAUGAAAUGGUUGAAAAGGGGUAUCAACCUAAUUUAAUUGUUUACAAUACAGUUCUUAAGGGUUUAUGUAAGAUCGGCAGUACAGAUAAAGCUGUUAGGUUUCUAAGGCUGAUGGAAGGAAGAGGUUUCAAACCCAAUAUUGUUGCAUACAGCACUGUCAUCGACUGUCUUUGUAAGCAUGGGCUCUCGAUCUCUUAUCUGAAUUGA